AACAAUUUCCGCCUCUCAACCAGCGAAUUCACGACUAACGCCAACCCGACCAGCAACCCCGACGUCGAUACAGCACCCAACGCAAGGUACGGAAACUCGUCUCCCCGAUCACCUGCUACGUCGGACCUAUCUCGAAAAAACAAAUGGAGGUUCGAGUUAUCGAGGAACCGAAGGGCUGACGGAAAUUACGAAAACAGGAUGGUCGCCGCAAAGAAACACGUUCCCAUCGUCAAGAAGAGGACCAAGAGGUUCAACCGCCACCAGAGCGACCGCUACAAGUGCGUUGAUGCGUCAUGGAGGAAGCCUAAGGGUAUCGACAACCGUGUGAGGAGACGGUUCAAGGGACAGGCUGCUAUGCCCUCGAUCGGUUACGGUUCCAACAAGAAGACCCGCCACAUGGCUCCUUCAGGACACAAGGCUUUCCUUGUCCAGAACGCCAGCGAUGUUGAGCUCCUCCUUAUGCACAACCGCACCUUCGCUGCUGAGAUCGGCCAUGCCGUCUCUUCCCGCAAGCGCAUCGAGAUCCUCGCCAAGGCUAAGUCUCUCGGUGUCAAGGUGACCAACGCCAAGGGCCGUGUCUCCACCGAAGCUUAAAUGUAACAAAAAAUUCAAACUUGGUGUUGCGCGUGCACUUGUGGUUUUCCGGGUUUUGCUUUUUUCCUAUGGGAUUCUUCUUCUCUUUCCAAUCUCUGGGUCCAUAAUAUCAUGAGAAUACAAAAUGGUCUGGGGUUUGGGAAGGCGUCAAAAAGUUGUUGCUAUACAUUACGGCGUGAUAAUGAGCUGGUAUCUAUACGGAGAAGAAUCACGGAAUAGACACGGGUCCAAUGACCUUCGUUUAGUCGUGAUAUCGCAAUA